CGCAAAUCUUGUCUACCUACUACAUACCAACCCUACCUGCUACCUGUUACCUCACAAACAAACUGCAUAACAUUUCUCACCUUCGUAAACAACAUUCGAGGAUUCCCGAAAGUAAACAGGCAGCUAUUAAACAAAACAAGACAACAGAGCUACUGUCAGCUUUUAGCACUCACCACCUUACUUCUAAAAUCCGACCGCCCAAACGAACUCAAACCAACACAGCACCCUCACCUACUCGCAACGCGAAAACUGACCGAAAUCGCAACAACAUUUCCUCCUAAACUACCGCUGCGAUGGCCGACACAGCUCCUGCUGCCAAUGGUGGCUCCAACCUUGAUGCCCUGAAGAACAUGUUUUGGAACCCCGCGCCCGCAUCACCCGGCCGCACCUGGGAGCAAAUGCCAUCAUUGAACCAAGUAACUAACCAGAAAAUACUUCAAGAUGCUGCGGCUGCGUAUGAUUCUGUCACCAACGGCCCCGUUGCUCAAAAUGUCAAGGACCAGUCCGCCAAGACGUCUGCAGAGCUCAACAACCUCGCUGCAUCUCGUCAGACACCUACUCAACCUGCUGCGACUGGCCAGCCGUUGACGCACUAUCACUCAUUUUUCUCGGAGCUUCUCUCAUGGAACAACCCCCGUGCUUCUGGAAUCGCUUAUGCCUCCAUCGUUACUCUCAUCUUUGCGGUUAGAUACCUUGAUGUUAUUCGGUGGAGUCUGAAGCUUUCCGGUUAUGUUCUCGCUACCACAGUCGCUGCCGAGGUCGUUGGUAAGGCCAUACUCGGCACCGGCUUCGCCAGCCAGCUUCGUCCCCGCCGUUACUACACAGUCUCGCGUGAGGCUAUCGAGAGCAUGACUGGUGACGUUCACGAACUUCUGAACUUCUUCUGCAUCGAGUCUCAGCGCAUCCUCUUCGCCGAGAACGUUACCGUCUCCGCAGUUGCCUGUGUUGGAGCCUUGAUCUCCUACUGGCUGGUCAAGAUUGUUCCAUACUGGGGUCUUGCUCUGAUGACCACUACCCUUGCCUUUGUAGCCCCUCUUAUCUACAAGACCAACAAGGAGAUGAUCGACGAGCACCUGAAGCAGGUUUCCAGCAUUGUCGAGUCUCAGACCAACCAGCUCAAGGAGGUCGCUGGCAAGCAUACCGCGCAAGCUACCGAGCUCACCAAGCAGUAUAUGGGAGACUACACCGCCAAGGCCCAGUCGCUGCUCCGCGGCCGCUCCCCCGAGACGGUCUCUAAGACGCCUGCUGCCCCUGCCGCCCCGGCUCCUGCGGACGAUGUGGCUCAUGACUUUCCUUCGGCCCCUACGACCGAGAUCAAGACCACCGAGCCGGUCAAGGACGAGAAGGAGCCUCUUCUGGCCUUGUAAAGCACCUUGGUCCACCAAAGAUGACUGGAAAAUUUACUUUCGACCAAGAUGAGGCAUUGCAUCACGAUAGUCUCUGUUUGAGAGGGAUUUACUCGUAGACAACUUGGUCGUCACUUUCUACUGUCUUGAGGAAGAUCUGGGUCAAUACGCCAGUCCAUGACCACAAUUUGAUACACCGACUCUCCUGAUAUGAUUUGAAGGACUGUUUUUUUAAAGGCGUAAGACCGGAAUGAUUGGAAGCAUGCAGAAAAUGAACGACGAUCGGACCGGUAUCAGGACAAACUUGGGGUGGUUAUGAUAACUUGUUUUUUAUCAUCUUAUUUUUAGUUUUUUUGCAGGUGUUGCGCUGGCUCUUCUCUUUUCUUUAAUGCCUCGGCUCCCAUUAGGUGCGUCGUUUGGGAUAGGGGAGGCCGAACUAAUUUGUUUGACUUGCGUGGGAGGCUAUUCAUGGAAGAUAACGAAAGGUUGAAAUAUGACGAGGAUACGGUUGAUACAAUGAGGGUGCCGGUAUAUGCUUACGCUGCCAAGUCUCCCUGGGCACACCCAAAAUGGUUGAUAUUCGCUUGCUUUGAGGUUGGUCGAGCACCUUUGUUGAGUGAGAAUGAUGGCCAUGUACACUGCACACACUCAAACCUGAGAGGGAUGGGUACCAUUACAAUCACUUACACCAUCUGGGAACCUGGUUUGCUAUUUCAGCUUGUCUUUUUUUCUUCAACAGCAACUUGAUUUGUGUUUGAAAGGUUCAUAGUUAGUAUACGGGUAUCACCAUGGAAAAGCAAUCAAGAAUCAUGUAUGGUUCUGACAUGCACGCCAUGCUACCAAAUUAUCAUAUGCAGCCAUGACUUUUAACGACACUUGGCGUUUA